UGCCUCAACUUUGCCGGUCUGUAACUCAAACAUGGCCGCGCUCAUGUGGUCUUCGCGCAGAGCCGUGAUCGCUGCGGCGCGGCGAUUUGGCGUAGCCAACACUCAGAAAAGACACAAGUAUAUUGUUCUGGUGCCUGAGGUGCCCGAGGACACGGCCGACACCAACCCGCUGCUGCGGUUCACAGCUGCGCCGCCAGAGUAUGUGCACCUCACGGGAGCCCAGUGCUACAAUGCUGUUGGCAAGCUGCUCGUCGAGUUCGAGGCGGGUGUGUCCCAGCUGGAGGAACAAUUGCAAGAUGGAGCCUACGUGAAGACCUUUGAGUCCGUCAUGGAGCCCUUGGAAAGAUUGGCUGCCCCCUUGGAGUCAGCUUGGAGCGCACUCCGCCUGUUGUACCUGGUGAAUCAAACAGAACAGAUUGCCGAGGCAUAUGAAAGGCUACAGGCGCGGGUGCAUCGAGCACUGUCCAGACAGUACCAGAGCCUGCCCAUCUACCACGCUGUCAAGGAGCUGAUCGAGGAUGAGAAGCGCUAUUCGGAGGAGGAGCAACGCAUCGUUCAGCGCCAUUGCCUCGAGGCUAGGCUCAUGGGUACUGACCUCCCAGUGCCGCAGCAGAAGUCGCUGGGGCAAGCUGUAAGCCGCAUCGAGAAGGAGGCGCAGACCUUCCGGCAAAACAUGCAAGCGGCCACCAACGAUUUCAGGCACCAGGUCGACGGAGACCUGGUGAAGCACUUUCCUCAAGAUCUGGUCAGGCGGAUGGCAGCCGACAAGAGUCAACCGUCUCGAGGUCCCUGGCUCGCGACCUUGGAGGAAGAGACGUACCAGGGAUUCAUGCAGCACUGUGGCAAUCGGCUGCAGCGAUGGAACCUCUGGCAGGCGUACCACGCGAGGGCCACCUCAAUCAAGCGCAGCAACAGCCUCCCCAUCGAGGAGAUCCGCUCCCAGAGGCAGAUGCAGGCCCAGGUGCUUGGGUACCCACAUUUCGCCGCCCUCUCCAUGGAGACCAAGAUGGCGGGUUCCACGGAGCGAGUGAAUGCCUUCAUUGCCAGCUUAGCGGAGCAGGUGCGGCCAAAAGCGGAGAAAGAGCUCGAGACGCUCGCGGGUUUCUGUCAGGAGCGGGGAUUUCGAGACCAGCUGCAGCUGUGGGACGUGCCCUACUGGCGACGAAAGCAGCGCCAAGCCCUGCUGGCCAGGUACGACGAAGCAGCGGUGCGGGAGUACUUCCCACUGCCAGCUGUGCUAGAGAGCCUCUGGCAGGUGCUGCACGAUCUGCUAGGCAUUACUGUCAGGGAGUCGUCGCAGUUGGCAGCCAAGGCCUGGCACUCUGACGUGCGUGCUUAUGAAAUCCUGCAUCCAUCAGGUGAGGUAGCUGGCAGCUUCUUCCUGGAUCCUUAUGCAAGGGCAGGCAAGCACAGAGGCAGCUGGACAGAGCCAGCCAGGGGGCGCAGCGUCCUGUUGGGCAGCCUACCAGUGGCCAGCGUGGUGCUCAGUGUACCGGGACCGCCUGUGGCGGGCCUGUCAUACGGGGAGCUGGGCCUCUUGGUUGGCCAGGUGGGCCAUGUGUUGCAGCAAUGCCUGAGUCGGUCGGUGCACAGCCAUCUGUCGGGCAACCGGGGCCUCGAGUGGGACCGGGUGCAGGUGUGCAGCAACGUGUUGCGCCUGUUGCUGCUGGGGCAGCACCAGUUCACCACGCGCCUUGCCGGCCAGCCUCUGUCCACCGAGAUGCACGAUGCUCUGAAGGCAGCUGACAGGCACAUGGUGGCGUGGGACCUCUGCUGGCAGCUGUACUACUCCAAGUUGGACCUUGAACUGCACUCUCGGCGUGACUUCUGGCGGGACCUGAGCCAAAGCCUGUGGGAGCAGUUCUUGCCAGUGGCGAACGAUACGGUUGCCCAGGGACGCCUCUGCUCGAUGGACAGUUUCCUCACAGCUCCAGCCGCCCAGUUCUGCCCCCUGUGGGCUCAGAUGAUAGCUGCGGAUGUGCUGGGGGCAUUCCAGAAAGCCGAGACCUCAUCCGACAUCAGCAGCGUAGGAAAACGGUUCCGGGAGACCUUCUUGGAGCUUGGAGGUAGCGUCAACGGAAGCGAGGUUUUCCGGCGGUUCCUAGGUCGUGACCCAUCUUCAGACUCUCUUCUAGUCGUGUAUGGCUUGCAAGAGGAGCAGCAGCAGCAGCAUAUGAAAGAUCAAUCAUAGUGUAGAACAAUAAAUAUGUAUUCUAGAAAAACA